UUAUUGCCACAUUGCCGCCGCCGCCGCCGCAUUGUCUGAAUAGACCAUUCCUACCCUACUGCCUAUUCCUAGGAGAACAAAGGCUGCCAUGUGCCCGUCUAUGUGCCACCCAUAGCUCCAGCGCACACAGACCCUCCAGCCUGUAGUCCCCGCUCCGCCUGGCACAAGUUUGUUAUUCACCGUGUGCUGUGUUGCAGUUUGUAAGGGGAGUGGAGGUGGGCGGAGCUUGCUUGGUUAGAGGGCGGGGCCUGAGUAACCUUGCAAUGAAUGUAAUGCACUGAAGCCCAGAAACUAUAAACACAUGCCCCUGCCAGGUACAUAGUGAGCGCAGGCUGCCGCCGACCCGUGCUGCCACACUGCACAGCACCAGUACUACGUGCCAACCCCACACCCGCAGUGCCCUGUACACACAAAGACACCACCAUGAACGGCUUCUCCUCCGAGGACUCACACCGGGAUAGUGGCGGAGAGGUGACCUCCCCUACAGCUGCUGCCACCCCUCCAGUCCCCUCUGUGGCUCUGGGGCCCCUGAACGGGCAGCUAUGCUGUCUACGGGACGAGGGCGAGAGGUGCACCCGGCCAGCGGGCAAUGCCAGCUUCAGCAAGAGGAUCCAGAAGAGCAUUUCCCAAAAGAAAGUCAAGAUCGACCUGGACAAAACAGCAAGGCACCUUUAUAUUUGUGACUUCCACAAGAACCUAAUUCAGAGUGUGAGAAACAGACGGAAAAGAAAAGGUAGUGAUGAUGAUGAUGCGGACUCUCCAGUUCACGACGCUGAUACCCCAGAGGUGGACCUCUUCCAGUUACAAGUAAACACACUCAGAAGGUAUAAGAGGCAUUUCAAGCUUCAGGCAAGGCCUGGUCUAAAUAAAGCACAGCUUGUUGAAAUCAUUGGUGGUCACUUCAGAACACUUCCAGUGAAUGAAAAGGACACACUUACAUAUUUCAUCUGCUCAGUCAAGAAUGAAAAAAACAAACCUGAUCACAAGUCUGAUGGUGGUCUCCAUUAGAGGAGAUUCAUUCAUGUUUUAUGGACAUUUGUAGUUGUUGGAGAUCUGUACAAGCCUUGGAAAAGAAGGGCAUUUGUAAAUAAGUUCAAUGUAAUUUUAGUAAUUUCUGUGGAAAUGGUAUUUGAUGUUACAUCAGACAUUUGCCUUUGCUUCCUUAACCUGAUCUAUAGGGAUAUUUACUUUAUGCAUGGCAUUGACUGGUAUGAUCUGACAGAGUAAUCAUGUGACACGCAAUCAUUCAGAACCCUUGGAAAAAUAAAUUUUGCUGUCAUUCAUGUCUAAAUUGUACGUUACAUAUUUGUCCAGAUAAUUAUGGAUAAUGCUGACAUAUUUUUUAAGUAAUUCUAUAGUUUUCAAUAAAUAUGGCCAAAAUAACAGAUCAUAAAAUUCCUUAUGUACUCUGUGCUGUAAUCUGAUGCCAAAGAUUGGUAUAGGGGGCUCAGUGAGGAAGAUUAUUUAUUUCCUGACAAGAUAAAUCGACAGCGCCACCAUACUCCUCAUGCAGCCUUGCUCACUAAGUUUGCACUCGCCAAACAUAGACAUCCAAAGUAAUUUAAUUGUUAAAUUUUAUUAUUUAUUGAUCCCGAGAACGAGGGCAAACUUGUCCCCGGAAUGAAUGGAGUGCACAGCGCUGCCAGCGUUCUGUUCAUUCUCUAUGGGGCCGCUAAAAAAAGUCUUAGGUGGUCCAAUAGAUAAUAAAAGUAACAUUGAUCAUGCAUGCUCAGUGCACACUGUUCAUUCUGGGGUAAACAAUGGGAGUCCUAGCUGUUGUACCCUCAUCGCUCAGCUUGUUAUUCUCGAUCCUGUGUAGAGGUGGGUAAACUCUUCAGAUGGGAAUACCUCUUAAGACUUAGAGUACCUGUCAUAUCCUACAAAAAAAAAAGUUAUAUGUUAAUCAGUACCUAAUUCUGAUAUGUACUAGCGCCUAUAGUUCUAUGUGUCUAGCACCUAUAGUUCUCUCACAAAUACCCUUUUUCUGUUGCUCACGUGGUUUGUCAUUCUGUGCUUUGGAGGGGCAUGUGCUGUGCUGGGUAUCCUCGUCCAAUCACUGCUGGCUGCUUUGUAACCCCCUUCCUCUCUGAUUUCAUGCUGCAGUCUGAUAGGACAGGAGUUAGCACAGAGGCGUGCUGGUCCUGCCCUCACCUACUGGACUUUGUCCCAACCUGUGCUUCAGCAUGGACAAAAAUUAUGCUGCAGCCGGACAGAAUUAUGUUCUGGAUGGUAUAGUGACCCCAAGUGUUCUUUUUUAUGAGCCAUACUUUCUAUAAAAAGAUGAUCUAAUAGAUUUUUACAUAGUAUAUUGGAAAGGUUAAUGUUUUGCCAAGGUGUACAACAUAUAAAAAGUUUUUGAAUCUGACAGUGCUCAUUUAAGACGAUUAUUGUAAUCCUCCUAUUCAAAGGGAAGUUGUGUGAUCAAAUCCUGUAGUCAUGCACACUUUUAUCUGCCCCCCACCCGUCCUCUACGUUUAGAGAGAGUACAAAUAGAAGGAAGUAUGAGUGCAGAAAAAAGAAACACAGGCUUUGUUUGUAGUCUAGAGACACAGAGCUCUGAACUAGAGCUGUAGACACAAAAUAAGAGCCUUUUAACCACGCCAAUUAAAAAAAUAGCUUCCGUUUUCAGCCUCGAUUCACUAAAAGAAUGCAAAAACAUUAGUUGCAGAACUGAACAUAGACUUUACAUUAUUUAUAUAGAUUACCUUUAAGUUUAAUAUAUUAUAUACCCAGAGAACAAAAUGUAUACUUUGAUGCUGCCCAUUGCAGUCAGAUGUCUGCUUAUUUCCUAAUCUGCACUACAAACAGUAGAUAAAAUCUGAUGGCUAUGGGUAAUGUCUAAGACCAUGUUUAUUUUCCUAAUGUGAUGCCAUGUAAUUCACUUUGUACUUUGUUUUAAGGGGUUAUCCAGUCUGUACAAAUAAGCUUAUUUGAGUAUGAGUUAUAGGCAAUGAUUGAAAAUUCGACAUGUUCCAACCUUCUUUUCCCCAACAGAGAGAAUCAGGACACCGCAAUACACAUUAUAAGGGUGACCAGACAUGUAUCUUACAAUCAUGGCCGUAAAUGUUGGCACCCCUGAAAUUUUUCAAGAACAUGAAGUAUUUCUCACAGAAAAGGAUUGCAGUAACACAUGUUUUGCUAUACACAUUUCUCUUCCAUUUUUGUGUAUUGGAACUAAACCAAAAACAAGGGGGGGGGGGGGGAAGAAAAUUGAAAAUUGGAUAUAAUGUCACACCAAACUUCAAAAAUGGGCUGGACAAAAUUAUUGACACCCUUUCAAAGAUUGUUUCAAGCAUGUGAUGCUCCUUUAAACUCACCUGGGGCAAGUAACAGGUGUGGGCAAUAUAAAAAUCACACCUGAAAGCAGACAAAAAGGAGAGAAGUUCACUUAGUAUUUGCAUUGUGUGCCUGUGUGUGCCACACUAAGCAUGGACAACAGGAAGAGUAGAACUGUCUUAGGACUUGAGAACCAAAAUUGUGGAAAAAUAUAAACAAUCUCAAGGUUACAAGUCCAUCUCCAGAGAUCUAGAUUUGCCUUUUUACACAGUGCACAACAUUAUCAAGAAGUUUGCAACCCAUGGCACUGAAGCUAAUCUCCCUGGGUGUGGACGGAAGAGAAAAAUUGAUGAAAAGUGUUAACGCAGGAUAGUCCGGAUGGUGGAUAAGCAGCCCCAAACAAGUUCAGAAGAUAUUCAAGCUGUCCUGCAGGCACAGGGAGUAUCAGUGUCAGCGCAAACAAUUCAUCAACAUUUUAAAUGAAAUGAAGUGCUAUGGCAGGAGACCCAGGAGGACCCCACUGCUGACAGAGAGAUUUUUCCAAAAUUAACUUGAGUAAGCCAAAAUCCUUCUGGGAAAACGUAUUGUGGACAGAUGAGAUCAAGAUAGAGCUUUUUGGUAAAGCACAUCGUUCUACUGUUUACCAAAAAUGCAAUGAGGCCUACAAAGAAAAGAACACAGUACCCAGUGAUAUAUGGUGGAGGUUCAAUUAUGUUUUGGGGUUGUUUUGUUGCCUCUGGCACUGGGGGCCUUGAAUGUGUGCAAGGUAUCAUGAAAUCUGAAUUUCCACCAAAUUUAGGCUCGCACUGUACAGUGUCAGAAAGCUGGGUUUGUGUCCGAGAUCUUGGAUCUUCCAGCAGGACAAUGACCCCAAACAUACGUCAAAAAGCACCCAGAAAUGGAUGGCAACAAAGCGCUGGAGAGUUCUGAAGUGACCAGCAAUGAGUCCAGAUCUAAAUCCCAUUGAACACCUGUGGAGAGAUCUUAAAAUUGCUGAUGGGAAAAGGUGCCCUUCCAAUAAGAGAGACCUGGAGCAGUUUGCAAAGGAAAAGUGGUCCAACAUUCCGGCUGAGAGGUGUAAGAAGCUUAUUGAUGGUUAUAGGAAGUGACUGAUUUCAGUUAUAUUUUCCAAAGGGUGUGCAACCAAAUAUUAAGUUAUGGGUGCCAAUAAUUUUGUCCAGCCCAUUUUUGGAGUUUAGUGUGACAUUAUGUCCAAUUUCCUUUUUUCCUCCUUUUUUGGUUUAGUUCCAAUACAUACAAAGGGAAUAAACAUGUGUAUAGCAAAACAUGUUACUGCAUUCCUUUACUGUGAGAAAUACUUCAUUUUCUUGUAAAAUUUCAGGGGUGCCCACAUUUACGGCCAUGACUGUAUGUGCAUGGCCACCUUUAGUCUCAGAGAACCCAGUUUAACAUAAGUCCAAAAAUAAAAAGAAUUAUGAACCAGAAAAUAAAUGGCUAGCUCUGGUUAUGAAGAAUGGACAGAAAUCCGUACAGCAGUAAGAGUAAUAAGAGUUAACACGCUAAUACAACCUCUGCAGUUGCUUUAUUACGCAAUGCUGCUGUACUUAUAGGUGCAGAAAUUCCUAAAAUGCUUCAGUAACACUGAAUUCUUAUGCUCAUUUAUUUCUGUGGGAGGGUAAGAUGGAGGAAGUAUUUGUGUUACUGCACACCUGCUACUGAGAAAACCUAUCCCAUAAAGACUAUGGGAGAGAUUUAUCAAAACCUGUGCAGAUAAAAUUUGCCCAGUUGCCCAUAGAACCAAUCAGCUCACUUCUUCAAUUUUUAAAGAGACCUCUGAAAAGUGAAAGAAGCGAUCCAUUUGGUUGCUAUGGGCAACUGGGCAUUCUUUCCUUUGCACAGGUUUUGAUAAAUCUCCCCUUAUAGCCGUAAAAGCUGCAUUUCCCUAUGUACAGCAGAUUGUUUAUUAACACUGUCCCCAUGACUCAUUCCAACAAGUCUAGCUUGAAUAAAUAUGCUUUCAAUAGUUUAGAGUUACAUUUCUUGUUUGGCAUGUAUUAAUGCUUUAGAUUGCACAAACUCUUCCUAUCAUGAUAUAGCCUUUUAGAUGUUGCCCUUUUCAUUUUCUGGGUAUUUUAGUCCAUGUUGUUGGCAUGUACUGGUUAAUGUUGGUGACUAAAAGGGGUACUCCGGUGGAAAACUUUUUUUUUUUUAAAUCAACUGGUCCCAAAAAUGUUAACAGAUUUGUAAAUUACUUCUAUUAAAAAAUCUUAAUCCUUCCAGUACUUAUUAGCAGGUGUAUGCUACAGAGGAAAUUCUUUUCUUUUUUGGAUUUCUUUUCUGUCUGUGCUCAGUGCUCUCUGCUAACACCUCUGUCCAUUGUGGGAACUGUCCAGAGCAGGAGAGGUUUGCUAUGGGGCUUUUCUCCUGCUACAGAGGUAUCAGUAGAGAGCCCUGUGGACAGACAGAAAUGAAAUCCAAAAAGAAAAGAACUUCCUCUGUAGUAUACAGCCACUAAUAAAUACUGGAAGGAUUAACAUUUUUAAUAGAAGUCAUUUACAAAUCUGUUUAAUUUUAUGGCACCAGUUGAUUAAAAAAAAUAAAAGGUUUUCCACCGGAGUACCACUUUAAAUCUCUGGAUCACCCAGAGUGUAUAAUAUUGUGAUGGCUUUAAUAAAAAAAUAAAAUAAAAGUUCCCCUGAUGAAUAUGUAAUCUGUUAUUGACAGUAUUGAGGCUAUUUUCAUAUGUUUUGCACAUAUUUUCAGGAUAGACUGUGCUUUUUUAUGUACAUUCACAUUAUGUCUGUUUUUUCUUGGCACAUUCAAAUAUAUUCUCACAA